AUGAGUGCCCGGACACGACGACAAAAGGCGGUCCUCGCUGACCAGGGCACAGAGAGCGAAGAGUCGCUGGGGGGAAAUGGGAGCGUCUCUACACCCUCGAAGAAGCGCACACCGUCAAAGAAGAGGUCAAGAUUGGCUCUGCGUGAAGAGCCGGACGAGAACAUCUUUUUGUUCGCCCCGAAUCUCAUCGGGUACUUCCGCGUGGUCCUUGCUAUCGCGUCCCUCUAUUACAUGCCUCUUCACCCUCGCACCUGCUCUAUCCUGUAUAGUGUGUCCUGUCUGUUGGAUGCAUUGGAUGGUUAUGCCGCCCGGCAUUACAACCAGUCGACCACUUUCGGCGCCGUCCUGGACAUGGUGACUGACCGCUGCACUACCUCGUGUCUGCUCGUGUUCUUGAGCUCCGCCUGGCCUCGUUGGGCUAUCGUGUUCCAGGGUCUUAUUUGCCUGGACUUGGCGAGUCACUAUAUGCACAUGUACGCCACACUGAGCGUCGGUGGGUCCAACCAGAGCCAUAAGAAGAUCGAUCCCAAAGCCAACUGGGCCCUCUACAAGUACUACAAUAGCAAGGCCGUGUUAUUCACCUGCUGCGCUCUCAACGAGGCGUUCUUCAUCGGCAUCUACCUGCUGUCUUUCUCCUCACCGAUCCUGUCGCCCUCGCUUCUUCAGCCCGUCCCCAAUGCGAUGCCCUCCUCCGCACAGCCUGGCAACCCCGCCAAUCCUGCUCCUAGCAGCCUCUUUGCCAGCCCCUGGAGUGCCGGUGCUCUCGAGAUGGCGCGCGCCAACAAGAUUGACAGCCAGAUCCCGUGGAUCAUCACCAUUAUCUCGGCCCCGGUCAUGCUGUUCAAGCAAUAUGUCAACGUCAUCCAGCUGGUAAAUGCUAGCCAAUUGCUCGCCGAGAGCGACAAGAAGGCUCGUCGUGCCAACCGCAAGUAA